UGCGAGGAAAACUGUGAGAAAAAGCUAUUUUCGCCUUCACUGCUCCCUAUACACUCACAUAUAGAGUGUAACUCCUCCUCUUCCUAUAAAUAGGGAUCUUCGCCUUCUUCGAACCUUACCAACCAUUCUGGAAAAAUCCCAAAAUCAUUCUCUUAGCUUUGAUCAUCUGGAUCAUGUCGACCUACGCCAUUGUCAUCCCACCACCUCCUCCAUUCUCCUCCGUGAAAAAACCUGUUUUCAUCCGUUCUGUUUGGGCGAACAAUCUGGAAUCUGAGUUUUCAUUGAUCCGUAGCUUGAUCGACCGUUUUCCUUUUAUUUCAAUGGAUACAGAGUUCCCUGGUGUUAUAUACCAGUCGGAUAUACAUGAUAAGAACCCGAUUGAACACUACAACAUUCUGAAAAUGAAUGUUGAUGCUCUUAAGCUGAUUCAGGUAGGUAUCACUCUGACUGAUGCUUACGGUAACCUGCCGGACUUUGGCUGUAAUUUUGGUUUUAUCUGGGAGUUUAACUUCCGUGAUUUUGAUGUGUUGCACGAUGAUCAUGCGCCCUCUUCCAUCGAGUUGCUCCGUGAUCACGGUAUGGACUUUAAGAAGACGCGUGCUCGUGGUGCUGAUACCACCCGCUUUGCUGAAUUGAUGAUGUCGUCUGGGCUGCUUUGCAACGAUGCUGUUUCUUAUGUCACUUUUCACAGUGCUUAUGAUUUUGGCUACCUGAUUAAGGUCCUUACGGGCUCUCAGCUGCCAGGUGUGUUGACAGAGUUUCUGGGGUUGUUGAGGGUCUUUUUUGGUGAAAGGGUUUAUGAUGUGAAACAUAUGAUCGUGUUUUUCCCGGGCCUUUAUGGAGGAUUGGACAGGGUUGCAGAUGCUCUCAUGGUGAACCGGCUUGUGGGGAAUAGCCAUCAGGCUGGCUCGGAUAGCUUGGUCACUUGGCACGCAUUUCAGAAACUAAAGCAGGUCUACUUAGAGGACAAUGAGGCUCGCACCGAGAAGUUUGGUGGUGUUCUCUUUGGGUUAGAGAUGAAGCCUGUUAACAAAGUGAAGAUUGUGGAGCUAUGCCAGCUUAGGAUGAUGAUAGUGGAUUUCCUGGGACUUUUUAUGAUGGCAAUGCAUUUAGUGAUGUUGGGAAGUCAAGUUCACUUGUCUCUCAACCUCGCCAGGAUUGGAGUGUUCUGAAUUGUGAGGGAGACGAAGGAUGCAUAUAAUUGAGACAGUGAUCGGUUACUAUUUGUCUUGAGAUGAGCAGUUGAAUACUAGAGAAGAAUCUCAUUAAAUAGACUUUGUUGUAAUGGUGGUUCAGAAUUCACGUUAAAUAUGGUCAUACAGCUAUAAAUUCUGGUAAUUCAUCCUGUACGUCCAAUUUGUUCAACCUGAUAUAUAUGGUUUAUUUGCAUCAAGAAGAUAAAUUGGAGAACAUUAGAUAUUGAUUAGAGCUAUGAAGUUAUUAGUCCUAGAUGAGUUACACUUGGUGAUACAAAGAGCAAAAUUAUUGAAUUUAUGAAAUUCAGUGUGUGUACAGGAUUAUGUUUCCUGUAAGGACUUGGGGGUCAUUUGGUUUAAAAACAAGUUAUACGGGAAUUGUAAUGUAGGGAUUAGUAAUACAAAGAUUGUAAUGUAGAGAUUAUUUUUUAUCAGGCGUUUGGUCCAUUGUAUCAAAAGUUGGACAUACGGUGUAUCAUUUACUAUUACCCUUGCCUUCUUAACAGAAUAACAACAUCAUGUCGCCCAUAAGGAGCUUUAUUUUUGGUGAAUGCAUCUUUUAAUACAAACAUGUAUAAUUAAAUGGAGACUCAGAUAUGGCGAAGGAACAAUUAGAAGGGGAGGUCAAAAGAAAAUCCAAAUCACCAAAGCUACCACAGUGUUCAAAUUCACCCGAUUAAACACAAAAGCAAUGAGAAUUACAAACAACAAAACCAACUAAAACAAAUAAACACUCAAUUGGUGCCCAAGAUCAUAAUGGGUUGUUUGUUGAAGUAGAACAACGAGCAAUAAAGACAGAAAUGGGUUGUCGGCAGAGUUGAAGUGGAAGUAUGUUAUUCCAUGUGUUAUUCCAUGUUACCUUCUGUAUAAAGUUAUACAGAGAUUCCUGUAUUUUUAAUAAGGUAUUAUUUAUACCAAAUGUGAAAUGGUCAACCAAAUACCGGAUUAACUAAUACAAAGUUUUGUACUGUGAUUAAUUUCUGCAAUACGUCAAACCAAACGCCCCCUUAAUGUUCAUGCUCAAACAAAUUAAAUGGAGAGAAUUAACUGAGAUUUGAAAGGAGAUUGUUCAAUGACGAGCUAUGUUGUUAGAUUGGAUUGUUUGAAUCUUGAUGGUUUGCAAGUAUUCACAGUGUAAUCUUGACAAUGAUGGGUCAGUUACGGUGGUUUGUCUUCAAGUAAGCAGUUGAUUAUAGAUAAGCAUCUCUUAAAUAUUGUAUGUUGCAGAGGUGGUUCAAAAUUCAUUUAAAAGCAUCAUUUAAAGUUGUGAUGUGGUUGAGCUGGUUAGAAGAAGAGGGAGUUUGGAAGUGAAUGAUGUCGAGUUGGUUGAUGGGAGUUCUUUCGUAACAGAUGAGUUUUUGCAGCCAAUUGUUUGGUGAUCAAGAAAUCAGUCACGAGCCAACCCUUUGGCCAACGUAGCUUUCGAAACUCGGGAAUGAUGGGCUCACUCUUUACUUUUUCUCCACUUAAGUACUGGACUUAGUUCAUUUGACAUAGGACUCGAAGUAGUAAAUUUAAAUACAAGUCUCCCAACCUUUGCCAAUUGAGCACAGUCAUCUUUUAUCACACUUUUUGAUUAUAAACCUGGGGAUGUAAUGGUUUAUGGCCAUCUGCUGUUAAAACUUUGUACUUUGACAUAAUUAUGAAUGAAUAACAUUUGUGGGUGAUAGAUUCUGUUUUGGUGAGUUGAUUUUAAACUGCAUUGUUGAAUUUUGGUUAAAAUACAUUUUUGCUAAGUCUUCUUGUCUACUAGAAGGACAUCUAUGUGACUUUUUGCUAGGUCUUCUCAGUGUAGCCAAAGGUGCGCUUUAAGCACGCUUAAGCCCUGAAGCGAGGCUCAAAACGUGUUGAGCGCUUCGCCUCGCUUUAUGUGCGCUUCAGUGUUGUCAUCAAGGUUCUAAAGCAAACUUUUCCUUGCUAAUGAGCUUCUUCUGAAGAAGUGACACUAAACAAUUGAUAUUUUACUUUAUCAUAGUUUUUUUUCAAUUUCUUUGGUCAUAUACUUGUCAUUCAUGUUUAUAAUUAUUAGUCUAGGACUAAACAUUCAUAUUUGUAUUUUUUGUCCCUUUGCGCCUUUUUUCAUUAAAGCCCAUGCUUUAUUUGCGCUUAAAGCCCCAACAAACCUUAGAGCGUUUUUGCGCUUUUCGCCUUUGAUAACACUGGGUCUUCUUGUCUUCUAGAACAGCGACAUAGAUGUGACGUAGCAAAGAUGGCAAUUCUUUAAGUGCAUCUAGACUAUUUCGUAGUUUUUGUCUUCUAUGUAUUGUAAUAGUGUAUUGCCACGUCCUUGGUCUUCAACUAAGCGCACAUGUGACACUUGACGAUUCACUCACGAUCUUGCUAUACCAAGUCUACUUAAAACACUACACUCAAGAUCUCUAAGGGAAUGCUAGAUAAGAAAGACGAGAAAUUUGCUAAAGAAAGCUUUUGUAUUGUAGAGAACUUGUUUAUCACUUUUCUUGAUGAUUUACAAAUGAAUUGCCCCCCCCCCCCCCCAAUUUGUAUUACUCAUAUAGGGGCUAGUGGGUAAACAAUAAUUAUUGUACAAGCCCCUUAUAUCUUCCAAGUACUUCCCUGGCUAAUCCAUUUGUUUGGUACUAUUGUUAAUAAGUCCUUGUUUAUGUUGUAAACAAAUAAUACCUCAUUGAUAACUUUUUGUGGAACUGAUGAGUAUUAGUUCUAUUAUUCUUUAGGCUGAAAAUGGAAGAAAUGAUACUUCGGAUCAUGUCUGUCAAUCUGUGGAAGUGUCAAGUGUGCAUGUUGCUUGCUUGAUGGGAACUUAGAUCCCACAGAAAAAAAUUCUUCUUUGUACAGUUGCUAUGAGAAAAUAAGUUUUUUGUCUCUCUCUAGAAUCUGCUAGAUGAAGACCUUCUUUUGAGCAAACCGAAACCUUUAAUUUACCUUGUCUGA